AUGCCACUCGUCAUCCUCACCGGAUACCCUUGCUCCGGCCUCACAUACCGCGCCAACCAACUCGCCUCGCUCAUCGACAAAGCGCAAGAUGAGCUAUUCGCAUCCGCGGAACCAGGGACAGCCCCUCCGUUGAAGUCACGCUACAAGGUUCACGUCGUGGCAUCUCACGACAAGUCGCAUCCGAGAACAGUCUACGAUCAUGCGCGCACUGAAAAGGAGGCUCGUGGGGUGGCAUAUGCGCGCGCAAAGCGCGUACUCGCUCGCGAUAACAUUGUCAUCUUGGAUGGAAUGAAUUAUAUCAAAGGGUGGAGGUAUCAGCUGUGGUGUGAGGCCAAGGCUGCGAAUACGACUUGCUGUGUGGUUCACGUUGGAACACCCAUUGACCAGUGCGUGGCCAACAACGACACUCGCUUGCGCCGACAAGAACGAGAGCAAUCGCAAUCGCAAUCGCCAGAGAGCACGGGUGACACAAAAGACGAGGAUCAAGAAGAGCCGUACCCGCCCGAGCUUCUCGACAACCUGAUCUUCCGCUACGAAGAACCCAGCACCCACAGUCGUUGGGACAAACCUCUAUUUACCGUCCCCUGGUCCGAUCCCGAGCCCCCAGUCGCCGAGAUCUUCCAAGCCCUCUCAGGCGUAUCGCUCAACUCUUCCGAAUCGCCCUCCGAAUCCCACGUAUCCAAUCUCACCGAAUCCCUCGCCUCGUCAACAAUAUCCGAUGUCGCCAGCACCGCCACAACCGGACGAGCCUUCAAUCGCGGGCCUCAAUCCCUUCGACCGAAGAUCGUCCCUCACCAAGCCACCGUCCAAGCCGUCGCAACUGAUUCCGGCGCCCUCUACGCAAUGGAGAAACGCACCACGGCCGUAGUCAACGCCAUUCGCGCCUUUACCCAAGCCAAUCCCUCCGCCGAGGCCGCCUUGGCUCAAAGUACGCAUCAAAAGGGCAUUGCGAUCCAAGUCCCCGAUGCAACGACCCCGGUCAUUAUCCCUGCUCAUGUUGCAACGACGGGGACCACGGAUGAAUUGGCCGGGCCGGGUGGAAUUCUGGCCUUGCCAAAAUUGCAGCGCAUGCGGCGGCAGUGGAUCAGUUUGAAUCGAAAAUACAUUGGUCAUGGGCAUGGUGCCGGGCAGGGCUCGUUGGCUCCCGAGAAGGUCGGGGACGCGUUUGUGCGAUUUUUGAACCAUGAGUUUGGUGGAUUGGAAAGUAACGAGGUGUGA